UAUCAAUUUAGGGUCGAUUCCCUGAUGGAUGGUCUGGGUCUGGCAAUAUGAUCGACAGGGGACUAUUCAGUGCUCCGGUAUCAACUUCAUCCAAGACCUCCCACGUUUCAUGGUGUUGUUAUAUGCGUUCCAACGAUUCAGUCUUGUCCAUUGGGGUCGAAACACGGACUUCAAGCACGAUGAGACGAAUGAUUCUCACAAACUCAUGAUUGAUGGCGUAGAUCUCGAGCUUCAUACGAGUCACAAAGACAGAGUGGCACACUACGGACUCAAGGGACGCGCCACUAAUGUGUUUCCUGUCACUAGCGCAAAACUCUCCAAGGACAACCCAGAGAUUGCGAAAGAUGGCAUGGUGGCUAAAGUCUUUUGGGCGGAGGAGCAACGCGCUAGCGAGCCAGACAUUUUGAAGAAGGUCUACGAGAUUGCGGAAGAGCAAGAUGCCGUGAAGGGCCAUGUUCCUCACCUACUAUGGCACCACAAAUUCAAGGAUCCUACGUCCAAAAUCAGAGAAGCGCUCGGCGUUUCAGAACCAGCGAAGGGUAGUCGUGUGCUCUACAUUCUUGUAUUCCGCAAGCUCAAGCCCAUUACGGAGCUCAAAGGCACAGAGUUCUUCGACGCGUGGCGGCAAUGCAUCAUGUGCCAUUAUGCUCUCUGGCAAGCAGGAGUCUACCACCGAGAUGUCAGCCCUGGUAACAUGAUGUGGUACCGGAACGGAACCGUCUUCAUGGGCGUCUUAAACGAUUACGAUCUAUCCUCGUUGGCGACUGCGCUGGGUCCUCAGGGCAACGAGCGUACGGGGACAAUACCGUUCAUGGCACUUGAUCUUCUCAGCAAAAAGGGCCAACGAGGCGAAGUCAAACAUUUGUAUCGUCAUGAUCUCGAGUCGUUCGUGUGGGUUCUCGUCUGGGUCUCCUUGCGUUACAAGGAUGGGCGACUAUUAUCACGGAAAUCUCGCCCUUUCGAUGAAUGGGCAACCGUAGAUGCCGAGACUUGUGGUGAGAAGAAGUCAUUCUUUCAGACCAACUUUUUGCAGUACGAAGUCUUCGCCGUGGACCAACGUAUGUGGGAGUUGGUGAUGGAUUGUUUACAGUUGCUUAAAGCAGACGCCUAUCGUCGAGAAACCAUUGAAUACAAGAAGCGACGACAGGCAGGAGUCGGUAGGCUGAUCAUGGCGGAGGAAUUAGAAUUAGAUGACCUCAAAUUUCUCGACUUAUUUACGCACACGGAGGCCUGGGUUCAGCUCAGCAACAGCGUACAGUGA